AUAGACGUUGACUUUAGCGUGGCAGAAUUGAGAGGUAGACAAAUGAGUUUGGACGAUCUGGAACAGGCAGUGGCAGACAACAUACUAUCCAAUCUGGACAAACUGAAUACAACUGCUGGACAAGUCUUAAAUGAGCCAGAGGACAUUAUAUCAAGUCUACACAACCAAACAGAAGGGAAAACUGAGUGUGAUGCUGUUUCUGUUGAACAACUUUGUUUUCCGGGAUACGACUGUACACCUACUGCAUCAAACUACACCGCUGAAUGUGUCCAUAAAUGUACCACUUCGGGAUUGACCUGUAGAAACAACGGGCACUGUUACUUUGACACCAUAGUCCAGCAGACUGCUUGCAGCUGUCAAAAGAGUUUAAUGACGAUUUAUUACGGACCCGAAUGUGAAGAGAGGACUGGGAGAUUUGAAUACGUUGUUGGCCUGUCUGUCGGUAUCACUGGAGGAUUGGUUCUCAUAAUUCUCCUUACUGUCUGCUGUAGACGUAUCUCUAAGCACGAAAAGACUGACAGAGAAAAAUAUGGAGAAUAUGACACAGAGUUUUUAAAGAAUAGAUUUGAACUUUAUGAGCUGAAUUCCGAGAUAUCCAGGAAAGAAUCUCCAGAGCCAUACACAUAUUCUGGAGCUCUAGGUGUUACAAAUAAGGUGUAUGAGCAAUUUGGACGUCAAAGAAAGUAUAUUUCUGAGAUGUACGUACCGAAGAAAACACUGUCUUUCCCCCAAAGUCCAUAUUUCAAUGAUCCAGGGGCCGUAGAAAACAUUGAUACAUUCAAAAAUUUCUCUAUAAAGAGGCCUCAAGUUUUCAAUGAUCCAGUGAAUGACCAGGACAGUCCAUACUACAGACCUCAGACACACCAACGUCCCUAUAGCCAGAUAUAGCAACAGGACAGAGAAAGUAACCAUGAAAAUAUGUUCUGGUAUCAUCCAACAACUGUUUUAUUGACUGUAUUCUAAGACGAGAUUGUUUUAUACAGACAUUCCAUUUACAUUUUGAAUUUUGAAUUUUAUAAUUGUAAUUCUAUAUAUG